UCGCGCAUUUACGCAAUUUGCUUAUUGCAGCUCGAGGCGUAUGUGCAUUAGCUGUCGCUAAAAUAAGCAUGUGCAGCUUUUUGUGGCCGCUUACGUCGGCACCGCCGGUACAAACCUUCGAAAUAAGAGCACAAUGUUUUGCGCGCUUUUUACCACUACGAAAACAGUUAGCUUCUGCUUCGUGAAUGAUCCGCUGUGGUUAAACACCCGUGGGCCUUGCUCUCCUGUUUGGAGGCUUCUACUACACCCAAAGUGCAGAUAAGUCUGCGUAGAGACCUAAACGGCGAGCAGGAGAAAAUUGAACCCAACGGCGACACCGCUGUUAGCCUUAGCCACAGCCCGAGGCCUGCUCAGGAAGCGGGCGGGAGCUUUUAUUUUCCAAAACUGCUUCUUCAUCUCACCUGCCAAGGCUGUGGAUUCAGAUCAUUAUACCUGUUCACAAGCUUUUAUUCAGAUGUUAGACGUCCACACGCCCGUAUUUAGAUUUUGAGCUGUUAAUUAGACACUUAAUAUGCACCGCGGUUCGUUCUCACACUCUUUGUCAUUAACAGGAGAGAAAUCUACAAACCGAGAGCAAAGAGGAGGCGAAGCUGUGACUCUCCAGCAGCUCUGACACACUACUCACACAGCAGUGAUGGCGCAUGUCUUCAACCAUGGGAAGCUGCUCCUGCAGCGCCUGCACCAGCAGCGGGAGAUGGACUUUCUGUGUGACAUCACCAUAAUGGUGAAGGACGUGGAGUUCAGGGCUCACCGUAACAUCCUCGCUGCAUUCAGCGAGUAUUUCUCCUCCCAUGCUGAGAAGGGGGAAGAGAUCACAACUUUGGACCCCGACAAGGUCAGCCGGUACUCGCUGGAGAAGCUCCUGGAGUUCGUCUACACGGGACACAUGAACCUCAGCAGCACCCGACAAGCGGCCGUACGGCGAGCAGCCAUCUUCUUAGGAAUGACCGAGGCCACGAAAUAUCUGGAGGAGUUCCCUCACUGGUCUGAGCUCGGCGAAACGUCACAGUCGGAGGCAGAUAAAGAGACGGGUCUCUCGCCUCCCAGCCCCGCCUCCCCAAGCAGCCCCAACUCCCCAGUCCCACUAUCCAUAGUCUCUGUUGCGGGGGAAUGGCAGGAGGAAGGUAAGGGCAGCAGAGAGCAGGAUGAUGAGGGCAGAGAUAUGUUUGUGGAAGACGAUGAAGAGUACACCCCAAGCACGCCGAGGAGCACCGGGAGAGGACAGGGCAGGAAGAGAGGUAGAAAACCUAAACGUUUUGGCGACGAGCAGAUGGAGGCGAGCAGCUCGGCUGACGGCACGCCCAAAAUCUACAGCUACAGAGGGAGAGGACGAGGGAGAGGCAGGGGCAGGGGGAGAGGAAGAGGAAGAGGGAGCUUAAAAAGUCAAGAACUCUAUUUGGAUGACUCUGAUACGAGCGUGAAGGACUUUGGAGACACCUCAGCAGACUGGAGCCCCUCACAGGGGGAAGAAGAGGAGGAGGAGCCCGGGAUGAAGAGGGCGAGACUGAGCACUGGAGAGGGGAGGAGAGGGCGAGGCCGCGGAAGAGGGAGAGGCCGCGGGAGAGGCAGGGGCCGAAACAGGGGACAGACCGAUGAGGAGGAGGAGGAGGAGGAGGCGGGGGAUGACAGCAUUGGCGGAGGCACGGAGGAAGAGGCGGGGGAGGGAGUGGAAGAGGGCGAGAUCGGGGAGAUGGAUGCGCUGGCUCUGGGCGAGAUGUCGCUGUCGUGCACAGAGUGCAACAAACUGUUUAAAGACGUGAGCAGCCUGCGCCGCCACGAGAAAAUCCACAAGGGGCUGAAGCCGUUCGCCUGCAUCUUCUGCUCCAAAACCUUCAGGCAGGCCACGCAGCUGAAAACACACCUGCGCAUACACACAGGCGAGAAGCCGUUCAAUUGUGCCGAUUGUGACAAGUGUUUCGCUCAGAAGUGCCAGCUGGUCGCUCACCGCCGAAUGCACCACGGCGAGGAGAAGCCGUACACCUGUGAGCGCUGCGGCUUCAAGUUUGCUACCUCGUCCAAUUAUAAAAUACACAUCAGACUGCACAGCGGGGAGAAACCAUACGUCUGUGACAUCUGCGGCCAGGCGUUCGCUCAGUCCAGCACGCUGACGUACCACAAGCGACGACACACUGGGGAGAAACCAUACCAGUGCGACCUGUGUGGCAUGUCCUUCUCUGUGUCUUCCUCUCUCAUUGCCCACACACGAAAACACACUGGCGAGACUCCGUACAAAUGUUCGCAGCCUAAAUGCGACGCCAAAUUUGUCACAUCCUCUGAACUGAAGAAACACAUGCGGCGACUUCACCCAGAGGGGAAUAGCGGCGUGCAGUGCCUGCUCUGUGGAAACAGAUUUGCCAGCGUGAAGAACAUGAUCAAACACCAGGACAAAGCUCACGCCGACGAAGUGCGGCAACACAAGGAGAGAGCCCGAGCCGUGGUCCUGCUGUCCACCAGCCAUCCUGUGGCCUUCGUCCAGAACAAGCUCUCCCAGGAGAACAAAGGUUUGGGCUCCAUCCCCGAGGGCGAGCCAGCCAACCCUGAACCGACCACUCCCAACCCCAAAGCCAACGACCCCGCCACGGCUGCCACCGACAUCGCCACCACUGACUCUGCUGCAACCACGACCGCCGCCAGCGUGACCGCUGACGGCGCCACGGACGCCGACGCCAUCAUCCACGACUUCAAGGCGGAGCCCACACACACCCCUCUCACCACCGCAGAGCAGGUGACCUUCGACGCCGAUCAGGAGCAGACCAUCAACUCGGACACGCUGCACGCGCUGGUGGAGCAGCUGCGGCCGCCGCCCUCGCCCGCACAGACGCUGGAGCAGAUUGUCAUCAUCAAGACGGUGGACAACAUGGACAACAUGCCCCCUCAGCAGUGAGGCCUGAGUAACACUGAUCAGAACUAAAUUUCAAUUUUAAACAGUCACUCGCUGAUUGGCAUAAAGUCAGUGCUCAUGUUCAGGAUAAAAAAAUCAACAUUUGUAAAGAUAAUCUACAAUACAAAGACAAUUUGGUCCAACUCGGGCUUUAUUUUCAUAGUUUUGACCAUCAUUUCAACCUGUGGUACAAACAGGAAAUGCGAGCAGUCGAGUUAGAAACUAACAACAAGGUUAGACAAAAUAUUUUGGACGACGGACGGCAAAAUAUAAUCCAAACUAUAUGUCGCCACAUUCAGUUAAAUCCAUUAGGACAGACAGUGAUGGGAGCGUUUUCAGACUUUUUAAAUAAAUUAAUCGCAUUAUGUCAUUAUUAUUAGUCAAAAAAGUCUCAAGUAGCAUCCUCAGAAGUCUUUUUUGUCUUCCAUACAUCCCAAAACCCAAAGACUUUCAGCUCUCUGUGACUUAAAAUGGAGAAAAGCACCAAGUUCUGCAUUUCAGAGGCUGAAACUGGAAACAUGAUGUGGUUACCACAAUUUGUACGUGGAAAAACCAGAAAAAUGAUGUGCUGGCAUGCACACAUUUAAUAUUUUGCAAUAAUAAAAAACUUUCCAGUAUUUUUUUAAAUUGUGACGUAUGAGAAACAGACGAUCAGAUUCACAGCUCAUGCUCUGUAAUUUGGUUUAUUAUCAAAAUCACUUUAGCGGUAGAUUCUAAAAUAUUUACAGAUGAACAACCAAGACGAGCGUUUCCACCAAAUUAACACUGAUGCAAAAAGCAUCAAAUGAAGCUAUAAAAAAAACCCAAAACACAAACCCUUAAAGAAGCAGCGUGGCUUCAGUUGAGUUGGUUUACUGGUCAAAACUAUAAGAAUAAAACCUGACCCAGUCAUCCUUUUAAAAAUGCCCAUAUUUUUAUUAGAAGUGAAAUGAAAGUCAUGAUCCAGCAGGACGAUUUACAGCUCCUCAAAGAGAACAUGGGUCAUAUGGCAAACAAGAUGCAGUUUAACCGUGUCAGUGGCUGAUACUGUUGUGUGACACCAGUCUUGAGCUUGAAAAAAAAAUGAGUGUGAUGGAGAUCUGAAAGAGGCUAAAAACAGAUCAGUUAUUUUUCUAAUGAAGAUUUUUGUUUCCUUGGCAGACAGGAGGAACGAGCGGCAAUAAAAGGCAGAAUCAAAUUAUUAUAACCCCAAUAAGAUUCUCUCUUUGUGUUCAGCAGUGACGUUCAUGAUCAGCACUGAUGAUUUCAUGCUGUUGUGCUUAAACCUGUUUCACUUCUGAAUGACCUGCUAACUGUUCGUUGGAGUCACAGUUAAACUACAUUCUUCCUGUAAAAUCCACUGUUUGGGUUUACCAGAUGUAACCAGUUUUCUCCCAGCAUUAACCACCUGUACACAUGAAGAUAACCAGUUUGAUUACUUGUGCUGUCUUUUCAAUCAGCAGAUGUCAGAAUCAGGAGGGAAGGGAGGGGGGAAAAAGCCCAAUCAGCAGAUCUGUAAAAUUUACCGUUGUUCAGAUGUCUAACGUUCUGAUCCAAGUUCCUCGUUUCACUUCCCAGCUUAAUGGUGAAGUGUGUGAAAAAAGAAACUGAUUCUACAUUUUCUUCUACUGUAGAAAGUGAAGCUUUGAUUCACAGCGACUGACCUGCUUCAAACCGCUUAAAGGUGCUUUUUGUAAAAACAGCCCGUUGUGUGAAGAUGAUUUACAAGUCCAAAGACGAGUGUGUUGGGUUACUGUGAGCGUGAAUUGUUGUAUAUCUGACCAGAAGAAUGAGUUCAAGGAUAUAAGCAGCAAUGAAAAAAGGAGUUUCCUCCUAUGGGUUUCUGGGAUCUCCAUUAGAGAGAGGGCGAUUAGCUCAGGGUAGGAGGAGUCAGUUUAGGUAGUUCAGCUUCCUCCUUUAGCGAGGUGUUUCAGGACUGUCUGCUGGAUUAAGUGGCUGGAAGAGGAAGGUCUCCUUAGACUGCAGACCCCACAACCGUGAUCUGGAUACACAGACGGAUGGAAAUUAACACCUUUGUAUUUUGUGGCAGAGACGUACUCCUGUAAUACCACUUUGGAGCACAGGGUGGAGCAGUGAGUCAGUAUAGUGUCCUCUCUGUCACUGACCUGGCUCGUUUGGUAGCUAAAAGACUGUGUAGUGUUUUUAUAACGCGAACAGAAACUUUAGAUAAGCUAGAAAUCUGAUCAGGUAUCAUUUUAAACUUACACAGAAGAAGGUGGCGCUGUUUGGGGCGGAUAACUGUGCUUCCUGGUGAAACACCACCUCCUGGUGGUGAACGUUUGCAUUACACUUUUUUCUUUUCUUUUUUUUUACAAAAAGUACCUUUAAAGUCCUCUAACCUCACACAACAUUUUCUCCGACGUGGAUGGUGUGGCUGCAGUUUUUUUGUUUGUUUGUUUGUUUUUUCUAUUACAGCUUCCUUUUGUUUGAUGGAGUAACGCUUGUAAAGAAUAACUGAUACAGUACAACUCCAUUUUAAUAGUUAGCGUAGUGAAUAGGAGCUUUGGUAUCAUAAGAUGUAACAUCUUUAUUUAUCAAGCAAUAAAUGUUCCACCCUGCAGUGACAUGUGAUAAUGGUGGCUUCAUUGAUGUAAUAGAGGCUCUUUUUAUUCUUCUUUUUUCUUUUUUUAAGUAAAUCAGUUGUUUCAGUGUGAAAGAGUGAAAAAUGCAUUUCUAUUAACAUGACCGUAGCUGUUUGUUUAUUUCAUUUGGUUUUUUUGUUUUAGGUAAAAUGUCUGCAUUACUUGUAAAAAUUUGUGAAUUACAUAUACAAGUUCACUACUGUAUGAAAAAUGUACAACAGCAGCAGGAAAAUAAAGACCGACAAAAAAGGGACAAUCGGACUGCUGUUUGUCAGUUUAUUAUGACAUUUUUACUUUUUUGUUCUUUAUGUCACUGCAGAUGUUUUGGUUUUUGUUGUUUUUCUCAAGCAGAACCACCUGUUUAGAGGAUGUAAUUUGAUUUAUAAUAUAAUCAGUAUGUUCUAAACGCAUCGACAUUGCAAUAAAACAGUUACUGAGCAAAGUGUCUAGAACUCAGUGGAUACUAUUUAAGGAACAGCAGUUUCUUGUCAUAAAUAAAUGUGAUACUUAUGAUUGGUAAUAUAUAAAUAACACAAGUGUCCGAUCAAUUAAAAGUAUUUUAGGAGUGAGGAAAUGAUUGGAAUUGCUCAAAAAUACCGUCUAGCAAUAUAAUGCAAAUUAUUUAGAUUUUACAUUAUAUUCAGUGAUGAUUUUAAAAUAUUUCAUGUAGCUUCUUAAAAAGCACAGAACACUGACUUAAAGACAAACUGAGGACAAUCCUUUAAAGGAUUAAUUUUUAAAAGUUUUAUCGCAAUAUAUUUCAUGUUUUAAAAUACACAAAAUAGGCUAAAGCUCAAAAUUUGUUUCACAAUUCUUUUUGACUAUUGACUUUUAUUGAUUUGUUUUCUUGUAAAUGCAUCCACUUUGUUUCCUAAAACAAUUUAUUUUCUUUUACAUUUCUCUAACUGAUCAUAAAGAUAAAAGCUGUAAUUAAUUGUU